AUGGCAGAGCUACAAAUGCUGCUAGAGGAAGAAAUCCCGGCUGGGAAAAGAGCGCUUGUGGAAAGCUAUCAAAAUCUCUCCAGGGUCGCGGAAUACUGCGAGAACAAUUAUGUGCAGGCCCAAGACAAGCGGAAAGCCUUGGAGGAGACCAAGGCCUAUACAACCCAGUCCCUGGCCAGCGUAGCCUACCAGAUCAAUGCCUUAGCCAACAAUGUGUUGCAGCUGCUGGACAUCCAAGCCUCGCAGCUGCGACGUAUGGAGUCCUCCAUCAACCACAUCUCCCAGACGGUUGAUAUCCAUAAGGAGAAGGUAGCGCGGCGAGAGAUUGGCAUCUUGACCACCAAUAAAAACACUUCACGCACCCACAAGAUUAUUGCUCCCGGCAACAUGGAGAGGCCGGUGCGCUACAUCCGGAAACCCAUCGACUACACGCUGUUGGACGACGUGGGGCAUGGCGUCAAAUGGCUUAAGGCCAAGCAACAUGGCAACAACGCAGCAGGUCGAGGAGGGACGCUAUCCAGGACCAACCCCCCAACACAGAAGCCCCCCAGCCCCCCCAUGGCUGGCCGUGGCACUCUUGGGCGUAACAUUCCUUAUAAAACUCUGGAGCCAGUCAAGCCGCCGGUGGUGCCUAAUGACUACAUGACCAGCCCAGCCCGGCUCGGCAGCCAGCACAGCCCUGCACGCACAGCCUCGCUCAACCAGAGGCCCCGGACACACAGUGGAAGUAGUGGGGGAAGUGGUGGCAGGGAGAACAGUGGAAGCAGUGGCGUGGGUGUCCCACUGGCGGUUCCCACCCCCUCUCCUCCCAGUAUGGGCCAAGCGGUGACAGUCCCAGCAUCCGUUCCCCAGGGCCCAGGUCUAGGCCCCAUUCCCAUGUCCCAAUUUGGCACCAUCUCCCGCCAAAUCUCCCGUCACAACUCCUCCUCCACCACCUCCUCGGCCUCCAUGGUGUCAGCCACCGGCACCUACCGCCGUGCGCCCUCCGUCUCCUCCCAGUUCUCCAUCUCCCAGCAGCCCCACCUCAACGGAGGACCUGCAUACCCCCAGAACUCAGUGUCUGUGGCCCCCCCUCCCCCUCCCAUGGUCCAGCUGACCCCCCAGAUCCCUCUGACCGGCUUUGUGGCCAGAAUGCAGGAGAGCAUAUCGGACAACCCUGCCCCACCCCCGCCCCCUCCCCCAGAGGACAUGGCCAUGUUUGAAGAGCCCUCACCCCCUCCGCCACCCCCACCUGUGGACUAUGAGGAAGAGGAGGCUGCGGUUGUGCACUACAAUGACCCCUAUGCUGACGGAGACCCCCACUGGGCCCCCAAGGCUUAUUUAGAGAAAGUUGUGGCCAUUUAUGACUAUACCAAGGACAAGGAGGAUGAGCUGUCCUUCAUGGAGGGGGCCAUCAUUUACAUCAUCAAGAAGAACGAUGACGGUUGGUUCGAAGGCGUCUGCAACGGCGUCACCGGACUCUUUCCCGGAAACUACGUGGAGUCGAUAAUGCACUACGCCGACUAAAGAAAAAAAACAAACAAAACACAUCGUUUUUGAACAGAGCUAAAACCGUGGAGACGUGCAGCAUGCAACCAAGUGAUAGCAAUUAAUACAUCUGCCGUUUUGAAUCAAGUGCCAUGUCAAAAAUCUUUGGGUUUUACAAAAGGUUGUUUCGGGGCGUAUUCUCCCACGGUUUUUGGUCUGGUCCAAAACGACGAGUCACAGAAAGCGGGACGGUCUAAAUAGAGAUUAGGGCUGGAGGUUUGGUUGGAAGGGUCUGUUGGUGUACACUGUG